CUCAUCAAUCAUACACUUCAACAUGGCUUCCAAAGUUUCCAUUUCCGUUGUGGUAGUAUCAUGGGUCCUUUGUGUCUUCAUGCAUUCCACAAAUAUGUUUAUUGCAGCUGCCUCGGUGGCAGCAUCUGAAUCAUCACUAGAGGCGAAGGCUCUGCGGGAGAGUGGGUGGUGGACUCAUCAGUCCAACGAAACGUCCUUAAAUCAUUGCGAGUGGAAUGAAAUUAUAUGCAAUGAUGACGGAAGCGUCACAGAGAUUGACAUGGGUGGGAUCUAUCUGGGAGAUAAUAUUAUUAGGAAAUUCAACUUCUCUUCCUUCCCAAAUUUAGUCCGUCUUUAUCUUUGGAAUACUGGACUUCGAGGGAGCAUCCCUCAACAGAUAGGUACUCUUUCAAAACUCACCAUCCUAGAUCUUUCCAGUAAUAAUCUUACAGGUCACUUCCCUCUUUUUCUCACGAACCUCACUCAAUUAGAAACUUUUUACAUUUCCGAAAAUCUAAUCAAUGGGCAUAUUCCCGAAGAAUUGGGAAAUUUAAAAAAUCUUCAAGUAUUAGAUCUGAGUUAUAACAAACUCACAGGAUCAAUUCCUUCAACUCUGGGCCUUUUAAUUAAUCUCUGGGGUUUGGGUUUGUAUUCUAAUAUGAUCACUGGUUCCAUACCCGACAAAUUGGGAGAUUUAAAAAAUCUUAAAGCAUUACUUCUGGGAAAUAACAAACUCACAGGACUAUUUGCUUCAGCUCUACACAUUUUCACCGAUCUCCACAAUAUGACAGGUUUGUAUCUUGAUUCAAACCAAUUCAACGGCUCCAUUCCCCUAGAAAUAGGCAACAUGAAGAGUCUUACAUACUUGAACCUCAGCAAUAACAACAUCUUUGGUGAAAUCCCUUCCACUAUAGGUCAUUUAACUAAUUUGUCCUAUUUGUCCCUUAGCUGGAAUCAAAUCAGUGGUUCUAUUCCCGUAGAAAUAGCUAAUUGCUCUUUAUUGGCCAACUUGCAGCAUUCCCCUUUAUCUUGUUAA